AUGUCUUACUUCAAAGCCAUCAUCGCCUUCGGCCUCCUGGCCACCGCCCAGCUAGCCGCUAGCCACGGCGUGAUCACCAACGCCACUGGCAACGCCGGCGGGUCCGGAAUGGCCCUAGGCGUCGACCCCUCCACCCCCCGCGACGGAACCCGCCGCAACCCCUUCCAACAAGACAGCACGCGCUUCCGGGGCGCCUCAGCCGACACCUUCGGCGAGACCAUCGGCGCCGGGGCCAACGACCUGGAAACCGGGACGCAAGCCAUCAUGGCGAUGACCGGGGACCAGCUGCCGCAGGUAACCGCGGGCGGCCAGGUGAAGAUGACGCUGCACCAGGUGAACUCGGACGGCGCGGGCCCGUACACGUGCAUGAUCAACGCGGACGCGACCGGCGCGGACUGGACCGCCAUCGACGUGACGCAGAGCCCGCCGGGCAAGAACUCGCGCAACCAGGCCGGGAGCGAGACCGAUUUCCCGCUCACGGCUGCGAUCCCCGCCGAUCAGACCUGCACUGGUACUGUCGCCGGCCAGGACAACGCGUGUCUGGUGCGCUGCCAGAACGGCGCAAGAGCCGGGCCGUUCGGCGGCGUGGUCCCCGUUCAGAUGGCUAGCGGCAACAACUCAACCUCCCCCGCGACGACGCGCCGAAACUUGGCUCGGGCUAUCAGGAGGAAUGCAGCUCGCUUCGCGCAGAAGGAGUGA